AUGUGCGCCCAAUGCGCUGGCAAGGACUUUGCCUCCGUCUUCGCCUGGAAGGAGGGCGUGAGGGAAUGGGUGAGCGUGGGCCACGUGCUGGACUACACGGACGAGCCGUCCUGUCCGUACUGCCUCUUCUUCCGCGCCUACCUGGCCGUGGCGCCGCAGAGUCACAGCGGCAAGUUCAGUCCGUAUCUGAGGAUACGACUGGCCUGGGAGAGAUUUGGGAUACCAGAGAGUCAUCCGCUGGGCAGGGCCGUGGUGAUGGAUGUGCUGGGGAGGAACAAGGCAUUGCCGUGGGGCCACAUUAUCCUCGCGGCGGAGGACCAGACGCCGCAGGCAUAUCUGGCUGACGAGAAGAAGAUUGGUGGAAGGCUCGUCGAGGGGGUUGCGGACGUUGAGCUGGUCAAGACGUGGAUGGGGUACUGCGUGGACAAACACGAGUGCAAGAAUCCGACAAGGAGGAUGACGGUGAAGCUUGUGGAUGUGAAGGAGAAGGCUCUCCAAGAGUUCGAAGGGGACGAGAUACCAGAAUAUGUGGCUGUGAGCUACGUACACGACGAGGCGACUCAAGCCACACAGACGCUGAGCGACGACAUGCCCAGGAUAUUCGAAGAUGCAAUGUCCUUCACCGAACAACUAGGGUAUCGAUACGUCUACAUUCAUCCCUACUGUCGCUCCGAAGGCGUGGGAGGUAUCUUCUCGUCAGCAACCCUGACACUCAUCUUCACGACGCCGACAUCUCCCAUAUCGACACCGCGAACGCCGCAACUAUCCCUCCAGUGCGACGCUAGGCUCUACCUGACGUCGCUUCUGCGGCCAGACCUCGAAGUGGCAUCUUCACCCUGGUGCCGACAAGGGUCUACGUUCCAGGAAGGCCUGCUGAGUACGCGGAAGGUCGUUUUCACGAGCAGCCAGGUCUACUGGCAGUGCGCCGAAAUGUGUCUUUGCGAGAGCAUGUGCGUGCCGCUGCAACACACGGCAGGCCUGAACCUCGGACGCGUAUUUCCCGAAGGAGGCGCGCAUGGCAACGCGGCAGAAUAUAAGAGGACAGUCCGAGAGUACCUGGCAAAGGACUUUGCAAAGCCAGAGGAAAAGGUCCAGGACUUCUGGGGGGUGGCAGAGCACUACUUCAAGCGCCCGAGCGGAAUCGACCAUCUCGUGGGCCUGCCGCUUUUUGCUAGAGGGAGUCUUGACGCAGGCGAAGCGGACGCACGGAGUGAUAGGCUGGCGUUUGGUCUAUCGUGGGCGCCUGUGCGGUCACAGACCGGGACACCAGCCGAAGGGUAUGUGCUCGACGCCGCAAGGCAGUGUCCUUCGUGGACAUGGCUUGCCUGGAGACCUACCACGGGCGGGGGCUUCACAUUCCCAUCGGACGAGGACGCGGUGGUCUACAGCGCAUCGCCCAAAAUGGAGUUUUCGCUGGGUCUGCAGGACGGUGCUGUCGUACCGUGGGAUCUGGCGGCGGAGGACACGUCAGAGUUGAAACUCGACUUUCUCCGGCUCAAGACAUAUUCGUUCGGCCUGAAUGUGAAGAAGGAGGGGGACACCAGCGCCAUUACGGGCAUCCAUCUGGCACGUACGCAGAGAGAUCUGGUCAAGAGCUGGGUCAAGGCGGAGGGCGAGUGGGAGCUGAUGGGGGUGGUGCUUCUGGCGAAGAAGUGGAGGGAGGCUGGCGACAAGGAGGCCGUCUGCCUCGUGCUGGGGCCGAGUGAUCUCACGGAUGCCCAGGAUGAUGCAGUGGAUGGGGGAGAAGUGCCGGUAGAUAGAGAAGCAGCGGCAGCAGGGAAGAACUGGACACGGCUGGGCGUCAUGUUACUGUCUUUCCUUGACUUUACGCCGCUGGAUGACGAGACGGCCGUGCUGGAGGGAAUGGCCCUCGACGGGGGCGACAGGGGGGAUGUGAGCGUUUCCGUCAAGGAGGUGGAUGUUUACUAG